CCCACCGCGCUGGUCACCGCGCCGGGCGGUGUCGGGUUACGGCCGAGGGGGCUAUAGUUAGCCGGGACUUGGACUCAGCGGGGACAGCGCGACCGCUGGGUCCUGGCACCCAGUCCCCUCUCCCGCGGGGCCGGUCACCGCUCCGCCAGCAGCGGUGAGAGAGAAGAUCGCGGGUGGGCGGCUCGGGAGCUGCGACCCCCGUCGCCCGGGGCUGGGGGCUCCUCCCUCUGCCCCACGGACGCGCCCUGCGCCCCGCCCUGUGCCCUACCCACUGUCGCGGCCCCUCCCCGGCCGGGCCCGAGCCCUGGGUCCCCUCCCCCGAGCGGAGAAGGGGGUCCAGGUCUCCGUCCUGCGGUCCAUCCACCGGACCCCAGCCGGCCGCUCGACCCACUCUAAGUCUCCCCGGAGCUACGAUGCUGGCGGCGCUGCUGCUCGCCCUUCGCUGCCUCGGCUUCCACAUCGCCUGGCAGGCACAGGCUGUGCCCAUCCUGCUCCUGGGCCUGGCUCCAGACACCUUCGAUGACGCCUACGUGGGCUGUCAGGAGGAGAUGGAGGGGAAGGCAGCGGCCCUGCUCCAGGAAGAGAUGGCCAGCCACGCCCUGCUGCGAGAGUCCUGGGAGGCAGCCCGGGAGGCCUGGGAGCACAGGCGUCAAGGGCUCACCCUGCCCCCUGGCUUCAGGGCCCAGCACGGAAUCGCCAUCAUGGUCUACACCAACUCGUCCAACACCUUGUACCUAGAGCUGAACCAGGCCGUGCGCUCUGGUGGCGGCUCCCGGGACCUCUACCUGAGGCACUUUCCCUUCAAGGCCUUGCACUUCUACCUGACCCGGGCUCUGCAGCUGCUGCAGGGGAGUGGGGGCUGCCGUGGGGGGCCUGGGGAGGUGGUGUUCCGAGGUGUGGACACCCUGCACUUUGAGCCCAGGACACUCGGGGACACUGUCCGCCUGGGUCAUUUUGCCUCCAGCUCCCUGGAUGAGGCCAUAGCCCGCAGGUUCGGUAAUGCCACCCUCUUCUCUCUAAGGACUUGCUUUGGGGUCCCUAUCCAGGCCUUGUCUGUGUUUCCCGGGGAGCGUGAGGUGCUGAUUCCCCCGCACGAAGUUUUCCUAGUCACCAGUUUCUCCCAGGACGGGGGCAGGAGCCUUGUGACUCUCCGGAGCUAUAAUCAGACCUGCAGCCACUUCAACUGCGCCUACCUGGGGGGGGAGAAGAGGCGGGACUGUGUAUCUGCACCAACAGAGGUCCAGCCAGGCCCCCCCUCCAAAGAAGCCUUGCCUCUGAACUUCCAGAAGACCUUGCCCACGCCUCCCAGGAGAGUCCAGUUCUCGGAAGCAGGGCCCUGAGAACGUCGUGUCCACCACGCAGGGCUCCUGAGGGAGUGGACAGUCUUGACCAGAGGAAAGGGCCCGGCAGACGGCCUGAAGGAGCAGGCACGUGGCUGUGGACCCAGAUUAUUGGGGGAUUCUGAGACCUGUGCGGGUGCCCCAGCUCCACAGGACACGCGAAGGAAGGCACAUCAGGGACGGCCACUCGAUUAAAGAGCAAUGCAAC